UCAUUAAAAAGAAGAAGGGGGAGAAAAAAAAAAAACCAACAACCAAGCCCUGAGCAGGCUGGAAACUUCAGCGACAGGAAGGAAAUGGGGUGGUUUAUUUCGGUCUCGAGUUUGCUCGUCGGGGCAAGGCUUGCCUCUUCCGCGCGCCGAUAGCAGCCCCUCCGUGAACAAUGGGGUCAUGGGGCCCUUCCCGGCAGGAAAACGGCUCGUUCCGGUGAAAGCUCCCGGUUGGUGCUGAGUCAGCAGGUCCUGGUGGGACAGUGCAUGGUGUGGAGGGUGCUGGGUUAACCGGCCGGGUGCUCAGCAGGAGCGAACAUGCCGGGAGAGAUGGACACCUUCAGCACCAAGAACCUGGCCCUGCAGGCCCAGAAGAAGCUCUUGAGCAAGAUGGCUACCAAGACCAUAGCCAACGUCUUCAUUGAUGACACCAGCAGCGAGAUCUUGGAUGAGCUGUACCGGGCCACCAAGGAGUACACCCACAACCGCAAAGAGGCCCAGAAGAUCAUCAAAAACCUCAUCAAGAUUGUCAUGAAGCUGGGCGUGCUCUACCGCAACGGGCAGUUCAGCCCCGAGGAGCUGCUGGUGAUGGAGCGUUUCCGCAAGAAGGUGCACACCUUGGCCAUGACGGCUGUCAGCUUCCACCAGAUAGACUUCACCUUCGACCGUAGGGUCAUGUCGGGUGUGCUGACAGAGUGCCGGGACCUGCUGCACGAGGCUGUCAAUGGCCACCUGACGGCCAAAUCCCACUCCCGCAUCAAUCACGUCUUCAAUCACUUUGCGGACUACGAGUUCCUCUCGGCUCUCUACGGGCCAUCCGAGCCCUACCGCACCCACCUGAAGAGGAUCUGUGAAGGGGUUAACAAGAUGCUGGAGGAGGACAACAUAUAAAGUUGGCCAAGAUGGGCCAUCAGCAGUAACUGCUGGGCCGAGACCGAGGACAGAUAUACGCCUGUUUUGACCAUCACCAGGCUUGACAUCCUCCUCUCCUCUGUAGUGCUAACUCACUUUCUCCUCGUUUCCACAAAAGACUGAACCUCUUGCCUUUGUCUAACCCUCGCCCAGGGUCUGCAAACCCUCCCUGUGCUGGGCUUGAGUCCUUUCCAGUUGAUCCUGGGCUUCUGGGCUCCUGCUGUAGUUUUGUUUUUCUUUGCCCACCAAGUGCUCUUAGCUCAGAGUCCAAGGAACUGGACUCCUCACCUUGAACUCUAUCCUAACCCUCCUGGGGGAAAACCAAACCAAAGACUAGCUGUGUGUAACGCCUCCAAGGUGUCUCUGAGUGGGUGGGCAGUUGCUUGGAUGAACGGUGGUGAGACCCUACGACCAGAGGGUUGUGGAGCCCUGUGGUUGUCUUUCAGCAGCUCCGUGACACGGUGGGAGCAAAUCAUGGGCCAGGCUCGUGCUGCCCAGGGUAGGAAGAUGCUUCUGCAUCUUGCAGGCUAGCACAGGCUUUGGCCUCCUAAAAGACAAGUCCUUGAGAUCAGAAGGAUCCCACCUCGCCUGGGCUGUCCCUUGGAGCAGGGAGGGAGCAGGAGGGACUUGCUCCUUCCCUGCAUCCCAGGUACACCCCUUCAUCCAAGACCCAACUCCCUCCGCCAGCCUCCCACCAUGGUACCACUGUGCUGGCUCUGACGCCUUCCUCAGUGGUUGUCCAAAGCUCUCCCUAGGAUUUCAUGCGUUUUACAUGUCCUCAGCUGAGUUAUGGUUGUUGUUGUUUUUUAGCAAACUCUGUAGCCCUGAUGAGUUAUUUAAAUAAACUCACCUGUUUGGCCUGGGUG